UAACUCAAGGGAAAAAGGCAAACGCAAUAUUUUUUUUACCACGCACUUCCUUUUUUUUUAUUGUUAAUUUACUUGAAUAGAAAUAUAGGAAAUAUAAAUAUUUUGUGUAUAAACAACAUAAUUGAAUAAGAAAAUGUUUAAACCUGAAAAUUGGGGCUUAAGGGAUGAUUUUCGGCUUACCCAGUUCUCAACAUUGAGAGGGUGAGGUUGCAAGAUUCCCCAGGAUACUUUAAACAAGUAUCUGUACGGAACAGAAAUAUUAAAACCAAUUAACAAUGAAAACCCCACCAAUAACGAAAAUGUUGAGACCAUCGGUUCCGGAAUGGAUUGCUCUGUCGUACAAUGCCAGCGUCAAAAAGAAUUUUAUUUAGUACAAACUGUAGAUUUUUUUUACCCUCUUGUUGAUGAUCCAAAACUUAUGGGCAAGAUAGCUUUAGCCAACGUUGUUAGUGACGUUUAUGCCAUUGGUACAACCGAAAUUGAUAAAUUAAAUAUGAUUAUAUCUGCUCCCACUGAAUUAUCCGACGAAGAACGUGACAUCGUAUUGCCAAUGAUUAUUGACGGUUUCCAAGAAUCCGCUCAACUAGCUGGUUGCCGCGUAAACAUACAAAAUAUAGCCCUCAAUCCUUGGUGCAUCAUAGGCGGCAUAGCGACCUCCAUUUGCAAACAAUCUGAGAUAAUAUUGCCUUACAACGCAAAAGAUGGCGAUCAUCUUGUGCUCACAAAACCAUUGGGAAUACAACUGGCCACAAACGCUUACAUUUGGUUUAACGAUAAAAAUGAAAAAUAUCAUAAACUGGCUGAACAUUUUUCUGAUCAAAUUAUUUUCCAAACUUUCGAGAUGGCUUUAAAAUCAAUGACAUUCCUAAAUCGAGAUGCUGCAAAACUUAUGCACAAAUAUGAAGCUCACGCCGCUACCGACAUAACCGGAUUCGGUUUAAUGGGACACGCAGGAAACUUGGCAGUAUUUCAGAAAGAACGUUUACAAUUUGUUGUCACGAAAUUACCGAUAUUGAAAAAUGUUCUAGAAUUCGGAAAAAUUCUGUCACUUGACACGAAAUUGCGUAAUGGUACAUCCGUGGAAACUUCAGGAGGACUUUUAAUUGCAUUACCAGCGAAGCAUUCAGAAGCAUUUUGCAAAGAAUUUUAUACACUAACCAAGGGAGAACAAUACGCAUGGACUAUAGGUUAUAUUAAGCAGGCGGACAAGCGUGAAGUUAUUCUGGCAGAGCAACCUGACUAUAUUGAAGUGGAACUGUAGAAUUCUAUCUUAAAUUAAAAUUUUGUAGACAUAUGUGUGUAUAUAUAUUAUAUAUGUCAAUACAUACACUGCACUAUGUGUGUAUUGAUGUUCUAUUCCGAUAAUUUUAUCAACGUAUGACGAUUAUUUCGUAAAGGCUGAAAAGUCGGGAAAUAGUCUGAACCUUCUUUUGAUAAAUAAUUAAACGAAUAGCCCUUAAUACCCGCAUAGAUGCUUGCAAAGGAAUCUCAACUGAAAUUGUUUAGUUAAAUUUUUA